AUGGUUCUGCCCACGAGGCCGAGUUUUCCCGGUCCUCUUGCACCGACACAGGCCCAGAUGAGCAACACCCACUCGUCGUGGAUCAGCCUGCUCCCGUUCCCGAAGAUGCGGGAAACCCUGAUCCGCUGGGAGGCUUGCUUUGACCACACUGAGUUUGUGAAAGAUCUAAUCGGCAACCUGAUGGACCAUGUACAUUUUUCCGCGCCACAGUCCUCGCAACGGCCAGGUCUGACUCUCAAACUGAUUCUUUCGCGCGGCAGUGACGAUGAAGCGAGAAGCGGCCUCAUUGUCUGGGGCGAGCCGUACCGAGCUGGAAGUUGGGAGGCUACUCCGGGGUUUCUAUGCAAGUGGGCAUGGGCCGUGUAA